ACAUGGUGGCAGUCCUCGGGGAGACCACGGGCUGCCUCGCCCUGCCCAACCUGCGGGACAAGAUGAAACACCACCCUGAAGGUUACCGCAUCCUCCAGGAACGGCCUCGCAUCCGUCUCUCCACCCUGGACAUGGCCAGGCUGCGAGGGCUGCCUGAUGGCUCGUUGGGCCGAGAGUACGUCCGGUUCUUGGAGGACAAUAAGGUUUCUCCAGACACCCGGAUGCCACCCAAGUUCGUUGAUGAUGAAGAGCUGGCAUAUGUGAUCCAGCGGUACCGAGAAGUCCACGACCUGAUGCACACCCUCCUGGGCAUGCCAACCAACAUGCUAGGUGAGGUUGUGGUGAAGUGGUUCGAAGCCGUCCAGACUGGGCUGCCCAUGUGUGUCCUGGGAGCAGCGUUUGGCCCCGUCCGUCUCAGCGCACGAAAGCUGCAGGUCUUGGCCACUGAGCUGGUCCCCUGGGCAAUUCGGAGUGGGCGCAACGCCAGCUGUAUCCUGAAUAUCUACUACGAGCAGCGCUGGGAGCAGUCAGUGGAGUCCCUGCGGGAGGAGAUCGGCAUCUUCCCUCCUCCAGCUGUUCGAGUGUGA